AUGUCCGCGGUGCUCCAAGCCGAAGAGGACGGGCCGACGGAUGUCCUUGACAGGGCCCUUACGCUCUUGACCGAGGGCUUCCCACCGUCGUCACAGCCAAGGCACCUGAAGCGGCCGAAGACGUUCAAGCAGACAAAGCUGCAAGGUGACUGCCCAUUCUGCGGAGCACGCUUUCAAACGGGAGCGUUCUGCACCAACUGUGGAAAGCGACUGCGUGGGGGAGGGCCAACCGGUGCUGCAGACUUGCAGAAACAGGCUGCUCCCGAUGCCGAAGCCGACGACGACAUCGUGGUAUCUGCGUGGCCAGAAGUGUACGACAUCGAUGCCAGCACAUGGAUUGCCGUGGAUGUCGCUUUCGGCGAUCUCGUGCGACAUCCUGUGGUGGAGUGGCCACACCGAGGGACCCCUAUGCUCUGGAUCUGUGCGGCGGGAAUCGAUGCAAAUGGAGGCUUCAGAUACCGGGACGUCACCGCACGCUACUCUCCUCGCUGGUGGGAAGUGGAGUUGGCACGUGGAUCGCGUUCUCUGCAGGAAUGGUUUGCCGACAUGCUAAAGUGCAUGUCGGAUACCGGACCAUUGUGGCCCGCCGUA